GGGUCUAGGCAGAGGCUUACGAUAGUGUCAAGUCAACCAAUUGUGCAGCUAACCCUAUACCAGGCUGAAAUCCGAAUGCACAAUCCUCCAGUGGGUGGCAAGGGUCGUCACCUCUAGGAAGGCCUUGCUCGAAGCGAGCUGGAAGGGUUAAACAAAGGCCGUCCGGAAGCUAUUAAUUCCAGCAUGAUUUCCCUCCAUCGAGCAGGAAUCAUGAUAUCUCCACCUCCCUCACUCAGAUUGUGGCGGUUUGAGGAAGGAGGCACAUGGACGGACGAGCCACGAACGAAGGAUACAUCAACACCCGCAUGAAGGAUGACGGCACCAGCGAGCACCAUCACGUGGCAGUCUAUGAUCUGAUCAUGGAGGAUGCCCGCAAAUGUUCCCGCGAAUGUCCAGAGCUUUUCCAGCAGGCGCUAGUGAUGUACACCCAAACCGAUUCGAGGGAUAGUCGGAAGGAUAUUCUGGACGGGUUGGUCGAAUAUUGGGGGUGGCUCGGGGGCUGGAGGUUUGCAUUGAGGUUUUCUGGGAGCUACAUCAGGAACUACACGGCGAGAUUACGUUCAUCGCUGCGUGUUGGUAUGUCGUGGAACAGUGAUUUUCAUAGUGGCUAAGAAGAGGGAAUGUGAGUGAGUCUUCCAUCUCUACCAUGCGAUGUUAGCAACGCAGAGGCUGGUUUGAUUCAUACCACAACCGUUAUCAGGUUUAAAAAGGCAGGGACGCACAGCUGCUUAGCCGCACUAGGGGGAUCAAUGGUUCAAGUUGUAAGUUAAUUCUAUUCUCAUCGAAUGCCACCCAUGAUCUG